AUGUGGCCCCGCCACCGCCAACAACCACUGCUAGCGACAGCGGCAACGCUCGGCUGUCUGCUGGCCAUCAUCCUCGUCCAGCCGGCCCUCUCAUCGGCAUCCACUGACACUCCCGCUCCCAGUCCCGCUACCCAGAAUGCGACCCGAGGACCUCUCGUGAGUGACAGCAGCAGCGCCAAGGAGCUUAAUAAGCAGCCAGAAGAGGAGCAGCCAUCCGUAGCCAGCGAGGUCAUCGAAGGCUUCCCUUCCAGCCUGGGCAGUGAAGUGCCGGAGGAGCCGGAUUUUGAAUCGCUAACCACGGAAAGGGAAGCGGAGUUUGUCGGUGUGCCUGGCUUCCUGCCCACUGUGCUCCCUCCCAGGACUCCAGACACGCCCACCAAUGGUCAUGGCUACAUUCAGUUCGAGGUUAACGAGGAGCUGCCCGUGGAGGUAGUGCGUCGUCAGAAGCCCAUUCAGCAGACUGUAACUCGCUCCCGAACAGACACCGUGAACGAAGUCCUGUCCAAUCUGUUUCCCAAUGGAUUCUCGGACAUAUUCCGCUUCAGCGGUAAGGACACCAACACGGAGCCGGCCACCACAACAGCUACAACCACCAACAAGGCUGUGGUACGACCCACAGUGGAGGCUAUCACCACCACCGAAGCAUCUACCACAGAAACUCCAAGUGUGGGCAAGGCCCCCAAUGAAACCUAUUAUAGCUACCAAACCACGGUGACCAAGGAGUACCGUCGAGAACUGCGGCCUGGACACACCGAGAUCGUGGUGGAACAGAUCCGAGAACCUGGUUUCCGCGAUGGCAGUAACCACAUCUCCCGGGACGAGCUGCUAAGGAUCAAUCGGGCAGCAGUGGCAGCUCCCGUGCUGCCCAGUGUGCUCCUCCGACCGGAGGGAGAUGACAACGAAACCUUGGUGGCGGCCGAGAGUGCUCCAAUCGUGAUUCUUGGGGAACACGAUGUGGAAGUGGAGGAAAAUACCGAGAUCGAAGACAACCAGAUCGCGGAGACACGCCAUGUGGGUCGGGAGGCCUACCAGCAGCGACUGCCAGCUCCAAGUCACAACGAUAUCGAGAGCUAUGCGAACCAAAAGGGUCCUGGCCAGGACCAAGAGAUCAAUGUGCACAUCGUGCAUGACGCAACGCUGGGCAAAUCUCAAGAGGGAGAGGGAAAGGCAACCCCAGAGAAGUCCCAGCCGCAGAUACAGCCCCAGAUCGCCUUGGAUCACUACCAGGCGCACAGCGAGCAGCGCUUUAAGCAGCACCAUCAGAGCCACGAAGCGCCUUCGAGGCAGUUCCUCAAAUCCUUCAAGCCCAUUGUCUCGGGCAGUGGGGAGGGACCUCUGCCGAAAGGCAGCUUCCACUACGAGGUGCAGAAUCCUCCCCAGCUGCCGAGUUCACGGCCGCCGAAGGAAGGAAACUAUGCCGGACAUUUUACGAGACCUGCUGCCCAGUUGGAAUACCAACAGGAACUUAGCCAGGUUCUUCCCCAGGUGCAGCAGGAGCUGCCACAUCAACAGCCCCAACAGCAGUCGUAUCAGCCCUUGGAGUCUCUCUACACCAAGGCCAUUGCCUCACCCUCCCCUGAAGUGCAGCACUAUUCUGGCUAUGCGGGUCCCACACCGGUUUCGGCCACUCCCAAUAGCCUGGUUUUUGUCACCCUCAACACUCCCAGUCCCCCGCACUCCUCACCAGCACCAGCACCAGCUCAUGCUCACGCAUCCCACGAACCAGGAGUUGACAUCACCGUGCAUCAUCCAGCUCCUCACGAUUACGUGUCUGAGGCAGCGGCUGAGCCCUCCCAGCAGCACGUCCAACAUGCUCCGGCCCCGGCGAAGUCUCAUUCCUCCCAGCCGAAUGGCUAUACCUUCGUGGAGGUACAAAAGUCAGUGAAUAUCCACAACAAACUGAUCACAGAGAAGGAUGGACGCCUUGUGGAGCAGCACGAGACCAUCUACCAUCAGCCCUAUCUACACUCUCCUGUCCCUCCAGCUAUAGCCCCUGCACCUGCUCCGACGAAAGACUACGCCUCUCUGGCCAAGAAUCCCAUUCACGUGGAGUACGAUAGCUCGCCCCAAGAGGUGGCCAUCUCACACGCCACUGUACACUUGGAUACGGGUCAUCCUGGGGCAUUCUGCCCAGCAUCCGCACAGCAAACAGUCCAUCCGGGACCCAUUUAUGCUCCUGCUCACCAGGAACACAUCCAGGGGAAUAAAGUUAUUCAUCAGGAACAUCAUAUUCAACAUGAUCAUCAUCCUGAACAUCAGGAACAUCAGAUCCAACACGAGCAUCAUUCGGUGAUUCAUGAGCCCCAUCAGGAGCAUCACCAUCACUUAGAGCAUCAUGAGCCCCAUUAUCCCGUGGAUAAGUUGAAGCAAGUGGUGGAGAAGCACAUACCCGUACCCUAUGCCGUGCCCCAGCCUGUGCCUGUGCCAGUCCAUGUGGAGCACUAUGUGGAUCGGCCUUAUCCCGUGGAGACCAUCGUGGAGCAUGCGGUGCCCUAUCCCGUACCAACGGUAGUGGAGAAGAUUGUGGAGAAGCACGUGCCCGUGGAGGUGGAACGCAUCGUGGAGAAACCAGUGCAUGUGGAGAAAAUCGUGGAGAAGUUCGUGGACCGUCCGAUGGCCAUUCCGAUUCAUGUGCCCGUGGCCAUUCACAUGCCCAUGCCGCCCAGUCACUCCUCUCUGCCAUUUGGCCAUCAUGGCCAUCCCAAUGCCCUGGCUCCCUGGUCCCAUUCGGUGGCUCACAUUCCGCCUAAGGUGCUGCAGAAUUACUACACCCGGAUGCUAAAGAAGCUGCUGCCACAGCUGACGGCCAAGGCCCCCCUGCUCCUGUCCCAGUCUCCAUCCAAGGCGAUCAAGUUGAGCAAGCCAGUGGUAGCUACUGCCAAUCAGCCCGUGAAACCGGUGAGGGGAGAGGCACCCAAGGUGGCCACCUUCAGUCUGGCCGAUAUGCGAUUCGACCUUCGUCCACCCCCACCGCCGCUGGGCUCGCCUUGGCUGCAGGGUGCCCGCUACAUAUACAACACCCUGCCCGCCGACCUGGCCACUGCCGCUGCCUCGGCUCCCACCCAGAUGGUCAAGUCGUACAUCGGCCCCGUUCCGGCAACAAGCUCCUCUGGAGGAGUUAGCGACUCAUCGCUGGCCAACGAGUUCGAUGAGUUCCAGCGCUGGCGCAACGGUCACUCUCUGAAACGCAGUCCCGACUUUGGUCGUAACCUUCAGCUGGAAUAUGGGUUCAAGCCACCAUUAGUGCCCUCCAUGGAGAUUGACGACAAGGGUAAUCCCCUCAAGCAGGCAGAGCCAUCGGAGUCGCAGUGA